GGGCCCCGGCCCGGCCCCGGCUCUGGCUCCCGGACUCGGACUCGGAGCCCGCGGGCUGCCCACCUGCAGCCCCGACGGGAGGGUCCCAGCGCGGCAGCUGCCCGGGCCGGGGGCCGGCGGCACGAUGAGUCCGCGCUCCUGCCUGCGCUCCCUGCGCCUCCUGGUCUUCGCCGUCUUCUCGGCCGCCGCCAGCAACUGGCUGUACCUGGCCAAGCUGUCCUCGGUGGGCAGCAUUUCUGACGAGGAGACCUGUGAGAAGCUGAAGGGGCUGAUCCAGAGGCAGGUGCAGAUGUGCAAGAGGAACCUGGAGGUGAUGGACUCGGUGCGGCGCGGGGCGCAGCUCGCCAUCGAGGAGUGUCAGUAUCAGUUCCGGAACCGGCGCUGGAACUGCUCCACUCUGGACAGCCUGCCCGUCUUCGGCAAGGUGGUGACGCAAGGGACCCGAGAAGCAGCCUUCGUCUACGCCAUCUCCUCUGCGGGGGUGGCCUUUGCCGUGACUCGGGCGUGCAGCAGCGGGGAGCUGGACAAGUGCGGCUGUGACCGCACCGUGCACGGGGUCAGCCCGGAAGGCUUCCAGUGGUCAGGCUGUUCGGACAACAUUGCCUACGGAGUAGCCUUCUCCCAGUCUUUUGUGGACGUCCGAGAGAGAAGCAAGGGGGCCUCGUCUAGCCGCGCUCUUAUGAACUUGCACAACAACGAGGCCGGCAGAAAGGCCAUCCUGAACCACAUGCGGGUGGAGUGCAAGUGCCACGGCGUGUCGGGCUCCUGCGAGGUGAAGACCUGCUGGAAGGCCAUGCCCCCCUUCCGCAAGGUGGGCCACGUCCUCAAGGAGAAGUUCGACGGGGCCACGGAGGUGGAGCAGCGGCGGGUGGGCUCCUCCAAGGCGCUGGUGCCCAGGAACUCCCAGUUCAAGCCCCACACGGACGAGGACCUGGUGUACCUGGAGCCGAGCCCCGACUUCUGCGAGCACGACGCCCGCAGCGGCGUGCUGGGCACCUGGGGCCGCCAGUGCAACAAGACGUCCAAGGCCAUCGACGGCUGCGAACUGCUGUGCUGCGGCCGCGGCUUCCACACGGCCGAGGUGGAGGUGGUCGAGCGCUGCAGCUGCAAGUUCCACUGGUGUUGCUUUGUUAAGUGUCGCCAUUGCCACCGGCUGGUGGAGACCCACACUUGCCGGUGAGGGCCCCCGGGCGCCCGGGGACGGAGGCAAAGGAACAGAGAUGGCGAACGGGGGGGAUUUAAAGGCCCCGACUCCUCCCCCCAAAAAAGAUGCCGGUUGUAUUUUUUUUAAUGUCUUCAUAGUAUUUAUUACAGAGGUCGGAGGCCCAGGCCCAGGCCUCUCACACCCGAUCAGAAGGACACCAGCCCCCGCUAAGCCUCCUCAAGCUAGUGUAGAUGCAGACUUUUCAGACCGGAGGGAGAAACACGUACAAAGAACCCCAGUGGCCAAGCUUCCCUGCUCCCCGAUGUGUCUGUGGGAAGGGGAGCGCCUGAGUAAGGGUCCCCCGGCGCUCCAGGCCAGCAGGAGGCCCCUCUCAGAAAGAGGUUGUGCUCAGCCCCCCCGCCGGUCUCAGAGGCCUCUGGAGGGGCAAGAGGGUCCCUGGGGGGUGAUAGUGGCCCAGACCCAGCAGCUCCCAGCCGAGCGGAUGGAGCAUCAAAUCCCAGCCUUUCAGGGUUGGAGACACUGAGGGACCAAUGAGUCUUGUACGGAGGAGGAGGCUGGAAUCCAGAAAAUCACACAAGCCGGGCCAGAAUCCCGGUCUCCUCAGCCCCUGAGCAGCUCUCCCGACCUCCCGCCCCAGAUGGGGAGCCCUGCAGGGCUGACAUCAGGAAUGAGCACCCAAGGCCGGUGCAGCCCCCGGCCCACCCUGCAGCCUCUUGUGUCCGAACCUCCCCUGUAACCUGCACAUAUCCCUAGCAGAGGUAAAGUGCGAGAGGGAUCCCAGAAACCUGGCUCUGUAACCUUCGGGUUAAAAGUGAGGAAACCGGCUCCUGGGAAGGUCGAUGUCCUAAGUGCAUACAGGGAGGGAUCACACCUCAAGUCUUACCCUUUCCAAGGAGCUUUUCCAAGAGAUGGGAAGCACAGGGAGCAAUCACUGUCUCCACCCAAGACAGGGAGUCGGAGGCCCAGGAAGGUGUCCUGAUUUCUAGUUCUUCAGUCAUCCACUCGUGUCUGAUUCCUCAUGACCCCCUUUGGGGUUUUCUUGGCAGAGAUGCUGGAGUGGUUCGCCAUGUCCUUCUCCAGCUCAUUUUACAGAUGGGGAAACUGAGGCAGGCAGCGUAAAGGGACUUGGCCAGGACCACACAGUCAGGAAGUGUCUGAGGCUGGAUUUGAACUCAGGCCUUCCUAACUCCAGACUCAGCACUCUCACAGGCUUGGGCACUCUGCCCUCUGGGCCAGCUCUAGAGAGGAAGAGGAUGUAGGGAGAGAGGAAGGCAGGUUCACAGCUGGUAUACCCCCAAAGGGAGGGAGCCCAGACUGAAGCCCCACAUUGGGGGAGAAAGGUUUGAGUGGAAGACUGAAGGUAGUUCCCAAGGGAUGUUUGCAGCCCAGCCACCAGUGCCAGCUGGGAGCCCCCUCUCUCUGCCUCCCCUGUCUCUGUGGGCUGCACUUGGGCUUAGCCGGCUUCCAGACCCCCAGGGAGAUGAGCCUCUCUAAGCGGUCAGCAUCUGUCCCCCCACCGAGUGUCCCUUCUUCCCCCUUCCCGUCCCUUUCUGGGGUGAGGCUGGACAGCAAGGGAAGGAAGGAGUCGGCUAGGAGCAUCCUUCACAGAGCCGACUCCCUUGUAGGCAAAGGAGAAAAACCCGGGGCGGGGGCUAAAUCCCACCGAAGCCAGGAACAAGGAGCUCUGGGCCUAGGGCAUGUGAGAGGGAACGGGGGAGGCAGAAGGAGCCACGUUUUCCAGAGAACUAGGGCCCAUCUGAGACUUUCCCUCAUAGGCUUCUGCUUACAAGAAUUACAGGGCUCUCCAAAGAGCACUCGCUUGGGUGGGAGCACUAACAGCAGACCCCGGCCCUUCCCUGCUGAAAGGACUGAGACGAAGGUCCCCGGGGACUGCACCUCGAAGAGAAUAAACAAACACGAGCCACCUUCCAAGUCUGGGUCCCUCCACUCAUCUUUUCCCAGGCCCCCAGCUCAGCCCGAUGCCAGAGUAUAGAAACUGUCCGAGCUGAGAGGGACCCCCAAACCCAGACUGUCUGAGCAGGAACGGGGGCCCUCCACAUCCUACAGAGGAGGAAACCGAGGUCCAGAGAGGUGAUCAGCCGGAGAUCCCAAAGCCACGAAAGCCCGUCCUCGUCCCCAGCUCUGAUGCCUUCCGCCCCUAACUCGGAUCAGGGGCUCUGACCUGCGUGUUCUCAGCCCGGGGCUGAAGCAUGGAGGAAGAGUCUUCCCAGGGCCUCGCAGUUUCCUCCCCACUCCCCAGCUUGCUCCGGGAGGGUCAGGCACCUCAGGCCCCGGGCCAAGUUUUCUGCUCAUUGUCCAUCUAGGAAAGAGGCCAAAGCUGACGGAGAUGCUGCAGAUAGAUGCUCUCGGGGCAGGGCCCCGGCUUGGAUGGGGAUGAAAGAUGAGCCGCCUGAAUGUCACUGCAACAUCCCGAGCCCCCUCGGCUCUGUCUGGCUCCACUCACUUGUCUCCCUCAGCCCCGGGAAGGGGCAGGGGGCAGGGAGGGGAUUACUUAUUUAUGGAGAAGCCGGAUGCAGCCAACAGUCGGCCCCCGAAGGGAGUGUUGGGACCUCUCUUCCUUCAGAAAAAUGGGUCUGUCUGACGGGCACUGCGCCCUCAACACCAGUGAACCCACCGGAGGUCGUUUGGAUAGCUGUCUCCCCCCUCCACUGAGCAGCCCGGGCUCCCCUCAGAGCCGGACCUAUUCUUGCUGCUUCCAGGGGGAAGAGCCGGAGGGUCCCGCCGUCUCCCGAGUACCCGGGCAGGGCACUGAAGUGCCCCGCCAUGGCUGCUGCCCGUGUUCCCGGGGGCAGAUCUCGAGGCAGCACCUUCCCCCGUGCACAACCCCCCCAGCACCAUCCCGCCCAUCGAUGAUUCGCUUAUGAACCAGUUCGUUUCCAUUUUGGGCCAAUCUCCCCAGAGCUCAGAGAUGAGGAAGACCUGGGCUGACCGCUGUCCUUCCUCCGUGUCCAGCCCUGCCCGCUCACGCUUCUCUCCCAAAGUAUGGCCUGGAUGGGGCCUUCAUGCCCUGUGGACCACGGUCUCCAUCACCUCCCUCCCCAGCUUCUGGUCCUCCCACAGCAAGUCGUGGUCAGACUUCUCAACACCCAAUGGAUGCCCGCUCCACCAAUCCCUGCAUCUGUGCAGACCGGGGGACGGCGUGAAAGGGCCAAGCCAGAGAGAAGGGUACGUCCAUCCGCUCUGGGCUGUGCUCGAGGAACUGGCACGGUCUGAACCAAGCCCUCCUCCCAAAGGCCCGGUGGGAAGGGGAGGGAGGAAGAGAAGGCUCCAUUCCCUGCAAAGGUACCAUAAACUCUGAAUGCUGCUACCCUCCUCCCAAGGAUCCCCAACCUAGUUUUAUACCAAAUUGCCAGGCUAACCUGGCAAUUCAGGGGGAAAUAGUCGGACUCACAUUGUAGUGGUGUUCACUAUAAAAAUGGUUAUUUCUUUA